AAACUCGAAAUAUUGCAAAAUGUGACUCUAAGAAUCCGCGAGGACUUUGGAUACAAAUAUUAUUCCAUCCCGAAAUUAAUUUGAUAAAUUUUUCUAAUCUGCUCAUUUAAUUGAAUGAAUUAGCGCUUGUAUUCAAAUAGUAUUUGCAAGAUUACCAGAUGAAUGUUGACUCUCUAACCACGUGGUGUAUUGGAUGGAUUCUGUACAACCCAAUAAGCCAAUUCUGAUACCCUAGGCCAACGCCAAGGCCGUUUAGAGUGGCCGCACGCAUGUGUUAUUUUCUGUUGGAUAAGUGAAUUGGCAUAGGAAGAGUCGGAGAGAGGAGCGCGGGGUAGAAGUGAGUAAGAGAACACAAAAUUAGAAAAUGUCGAUAAGGUUGGGAAUGGAGUUGCGGUUUGGAUGGAUUUCCAGCAGCUGCGCAAAUGCACCGAGUCACUCCCAAAGAAAGUUGAUACCUGGCCGUCUGCUACUCAGCGCUACUUCUUUUUCUUCUUCUGGCGAUGAUGAUGCUCAGAAAAAGAAUAGUGCGGUUAUCUCAGGGACAACGGCAAGAGGACGGAGAUUAGCAAGGAUUCGGGAGGAGAAGAGGAAACGCGAACUCGAUCGUCUUCAUAACUAUCCUUCCUGGGCCAAAGUUCUUGAAGAUGCUUGCAAAAACGACGAAGAGCUUCGAGCUGUUCUUGGAGAUAGCAUUGGCAACCCCGAACUCAUGAGGAAAAGAGUUGAAGAUAGAGUAAGGAAGAAAGGUCGCGACUUCUACAAGUCAAAAACGGGUUCAGUCCUUGCCUUCAAAGUCAGCUUUAGAGACUUCAAUCCUGUGGAUUCCUUCAUAUGGUUUGAAUUGUAUGGAUCUCCAUCUGAUAGAGAUGUUGAUCUCAUCGGCAGUACUAUUCAGUCAUGGUAUGUUAUGGGGCGCUUGGGUGCCUUCAAUUCUUCAAAUUUGCAGCUGGCAAAUCAAUCAAUGGAGUACAAUCCCCUCUAUGAUGCAGAUAAGGGCUUUAAAGUGAUGCCAUCAUCUUUCCAUGAUAUCAGUGAUGUUGAGUUUCAAGAUAGCUGGGGCCGUUUUUGGGUAGAUCUUGGGACAUCUGAUUUUUUUGCUAUAGAUGUGCUUAUCAACUGCUUAACUGUAUUGAGUUCGGAAUAUUUAGGCAUUCAGCAGGUAGUUUUUGGAGGCCGCCGAAUAGGUGAUUGGGAGGAGGGAAUGACCAACCCUAAUGAUGGGUACAAGUACUUCAAGAUCUAAUUAAAUUUGGAGCUGUUGAUAGUUGUGAAGAUAUAGAGGAGGGAUGUAAUGUGGACUUCCAUGGCAAAGAACUCCAUCACGCUGUGUACUUGAUAUAUUACAAUAACUCAAGGGUAAAGUAGUUAUUUCUCUAAACAGAAAAAAGACAAUGGGGCAAAAUUAGCACCUCGCAUUGUAAUAAUAUGAUAAAUUCAAAAGGCAUAUCACGUCCAGAAGAUAAAGAUCUGCAUCUUUCAACACUGUUGCCCAUCAAAAAUGACAGGAAAACCAGGCGCGUGAGCAGUUAUCUUAUUGGAAAUGACCAGCAUUAGCUUCAGAUAUGCCAGUGAUCAAACAUUGCAUGGUACAGUAGAAGCAAAAAGGGACGAGCAAAAGAAGAAUGGAAACAGAAAUUAAAGCUCUAUGGUGAAGCUCAUCAGUCUUGGCAUACUCACAUCAGCCAUUUAGCAGUCAAAAUUAGCAUUAAUGCUUUACAAUUAAGAGUAUCACCAAUCAUAUGUCAGUAGCUACAAGUUGUAAGCAAUUUUAUUUUUCUCUUAAAGCCAUAAUUUUAUUAUUCAUGGAUAUAUUAACAUCAAUCCAUACAA